AUGGCUACCCUCGUUGAACCUUCCGGUGGAGAGCCAUUGUCGGCGCCACAGUAUGAUCAAGGCUACGAUGAUGACACGCCCCUGUUCACGUGUCUCUCGUGCAGCAUCGCUUUUCCCAACCCAGAGGAUCAGAGAACACACUACCGCUCCGAUCUGCAUCGAUACAAUAUGAAACGGCGUGUGGCCAACUUGCCGCCUGUCAAAGCCGACGUUUUCAAUGCAAAGAUCCUCGAGCGACGUGCUGCUUUAGCACACGAGGCACAGACCGCUAUCACACCCGACAAGUGCGAAGCUUGCGACAAGAAGUUUGCGUCGCAAAACGCUCAUCGGGAUCAUCUUAAUUCGAAGAAGCACAAGGAGAAUGUGGCCAAGUUGGAAAGGAGAAAGGCGUCGCAAGCGUCGCAAGCUGGCCCGUCAAGUGCACGAGCUGCGGACUCAAACGGCGAUGUACCUCUUGUCUUCCGCGUGCCCAAGCCGGCUGAUGAUGAAACCUCCACAUCUGUAGCAGCACCGGCACUGACGAGAUCGACCACAGAUGCCGACGUCGUUGCCGAGGAGAAGAAACAGAACGCACGCGAUGCUCUCAUGAUUUCAGAGGACGCAACCGAGGAACAGAUCCAGGCCGCCAUUGAUGCCAAAGUCGCUUCCUCGCGGCGCAUCAACCCGAAUCACGAAUGCAUCUUUUGCGCCAAGAUAGGCUUUACGGAGCUCAAAGACACGCUGGCGCACAUGUCGAAAGCACAUGGCUUUUUCAUCCCCGACUCCGAGUACAUUGUAGACCUCCCAGGGCUGGUCUCGUACCUUGCAGACAAGGUGAGCAUCGGAAAUAUCUGUCUGUACUGCAACGGCAGGGGCAAAGGAUUCCACAACGUCGAGUCAGUGAGGAAUCACAUGCUGGACAAGUUCCACUGCAAGAUUGCCUAUUCGGAUCAGGAGGAUCAAUUGGAGCUGGGAGACUUUUACGAUUUCACGAGCUCGUACCCUGCGGACGAGGAGGAGGAGUGGGAGGAUGCGGAUGGAGAGGGAGAUGAGAACGACGAGAACGAGAUGGAGGUGGAUGAGGACGAGCAAGUGUUGGAUCUCACCACCAAGUCGGGCAAGAAAGCGUCGAACGGCAACGGCGACGACGAGGAGCGCGAUGACCAGAUUCGAUACGGCGAUUCGGAGCUCGAGUUGGUGUUGCCCUCUGGAGCACGUCUUGGACACCGUUCAUUGCGACGUUACUACCAGCAGUCUUUGCGCGAGACACCCAUGGGUUCGGGCGGCACAGAUCACGACCUCUCGCGCAGAUACGGCGGCGGAGGUGCACUCGCUCGUCGUCUCAUCGCUGAAUCCGGUAUGGGCCACCACGACGGCGAUGGCACGCUCGUCACCGGCCGCCACGGCCAGGUGAUCAAGGCGAGAAACCGCGGCGAAGCAAGAGAAGCCAAGAAACACAUCACAGAGUUCAGGGAUAGGAACAAGAGGGAACAGUACAAAACAAGAAUCGGCUUCAGGAACAACAACCAGAAGCACUUCAGGGAUCCGCUCCUCCAGUAA